AUCAAGCCGCUUGUAAAUAACAAAUAUGGCCGACAAAUAAAAUCCGCAAGAUAAACAUAAGUGAAAUAACACAAUUUUCUUAACUACAAAAUCCGGUGAAAUGAUUCUGAAAUAAAAUGAUAGACGACGUUGUAACCCUGGACAGUGAUGAGGAGGGAGGGAAGCCAGACUCAACCCCCACAGCUGCCGCCUCCGGAUCUGAUGUUGUUAUAGAGUACAAUCACAGCGAUUAUGCAGAUCUUCUCACACCUGCCCCCGCCAUUAAACCAAGAAUGAUUCCGACAUCGGUGAUUAAAUCUGCGCCACCGACCGUGACGAAGCUACCGAAGCGUCCUGGUUCGAUGCCACCUUUUGCUCUUUUUUCUCAGGAAAUGAGAACUAAGUUACAGACAGAGGAACCUGAUAUAGGGUUUGGGGACCUUGGCCGGAGGCUUGGAGAGAUGUGGCACAGUCUCAAGGAGGAGGAGAAGGAAGACUACAGGAAGAGAGCUAGAGAGGUGGCUGAUGCGAAGAUGAAAAGUUGGAAGGAGACGGUCAACUCUAUACCUAAACAUAAACAGAUGCAGAUGGAACAGAACCAACAACCCAGGUAG